AUGGUGGAAGAAGUAGUUGGUUUAGAUGUGUGGGAAUCCAUUAAAACAUCAUCUGUUGGAGUUAUUCUGAGGCUGAAAGAGCUGAAUUAUACCUGGUCAGCCAAGGCGGUUCAUCAUUUACUUACAAACCAAUUGGUGGUUAAUAAUAUCCAUGAGAUAUGGUCUGCUAUAGAAGGUCAGCCAAUUAGGUUUUCGCUAUAUGAGUUUGGUGAUAUUACGAGUUUAAAUUGCGAGCCUUUCAACAUAAAUGACGAGGUGGAGAUUGAUCAUAAGCCAUUUUGGGAAGAGCUUGGUGUCUCUCCUUCACAUGGUCCUAUGCUUUCUGAGUUGCAGUCGUUGUUCACUAAAAUUAGGAAUUGGUCGUUUGAGAAGAGAAGAAUGAUUGGUUUACUAUGUGUCUUGUCUAUUGGAGUACUUGGCAUCUCUCCAGACAGUAGAAUUCCUUUGGAUCAAGCAAAGAGAGUCCUAGACAUAGAAGCAUUUGACAGAUACCCUUGGGGGCGUGUGGGAUUUUCUAGCCUGGUAAAUUCAGUGAAAAUUGUUUCAUAUGAAGGAAGGAACAAGUAUACACUUCGCGGAUGCGUACACGCUCUCUUCAUCUGGGUGUAUGAGUCGAUACCUGGUAUUGGGCAUGAAUAUGGGAAUCAUAUUGAGGGUAACCAAGUUCCUCUUCUCUCCUGGUAUGGAUCUCGUGGUCGUAUAAACUGGGAUGAGUUUUAUAAAAAGGAGAAAAGUCUCCAUCUGAAGGUACGAGUCAGACAUCUCAUUGUCAAGCAAGAAGCUGAGAUAUACCCUCAAUGGCCAGAGGACAAGGUUGAUGAUGAUCUUCACAACUUGAUCACAUACAUUCUACAUGGUGAGCUCGAUGAUACGUAUUGGAACUUGAACUCGCGUACUGCACCAGUACCAAACAAAGAGAAAAGGAAAUUGCAUGCUUGUGGAUCCAGCCUUAACUCAAGUCGAGAUGAUACAUUCCAACUUGGCCUAAUGGAAGCAAUGAUAACAUUGACUGCAAAGGUUGGAAGUAUUGACACAGUCAUUGUUGAGAAGGUGUUGACUGCAGUAGACGCAUCUGUAGAUGAAAAAGUAAAUGCAAGGAUUGGUGAAGCCGUGCUGGUAUUUACACAGAAAAUCUCCACUUUACAAGAAGAGAUUGCUCAACUUAGAGAGCAAAUGCAAGCUACUGUCCCUAAAAAUGAUGCACAUUACAAUGUGAACCAUGAAGAUGAAGUCAACAGCAACGACCCGUCAUGGAUGGUCCAAGACAAAGCCUCAUCACAAAUGGAUGCGGCAAUACAAUGUGUGGUUAGAAAGAAAGCCAAAAAAUCCGAGGUCAAGCUAACAUCUCCAAUUCUACUUGACACUGGUGGUGAGAAGGUUGUUGGAACAACACAAGUAAAAAAACCAGCUAGAGGAUUGAAAAAUGUAAAGAAGGAGAAGGUUGAAGUUCCACAACUUAGGGAUUCUGGUGGAACAUGGUCUGAUUCAGAAGACAAGCAAAAAUAUGGUAAUCUAGGUGCCACAUUAGACCAGUUGGCGGCAGUCUUGGAUGGACCUUUGCAAAAAUGCAAGACACAGCUGACAAAGACCCAAGUGUAUCCAUAUGUAGGUAACUCAACUGUCAAAGGGAUCAUAAAAGGUGAUGUCUCUAAAGCCUGCUAUGAUCCCUUAGCUAAAGUUGAUGAGACAAAAUUUAAGAAGCUACUGGAUUAUUUGCGAAGUCUUGAUGGUGAUAACGAUGUAGACACUAACUUCUAUAUAAAGCUAAUAACGCCAAGAAAUGUGUGGGAAAAAGAUCGUUUUGGGUGGCUGUCAGAUUCUCAUAUGGCAUCUGCAAUGCUUAUGUUUCAUAAAAGAGCUAUGAGGGACCCUUCACCGUACUCAGCAAAGAUAGCUUUUCUUGAGCACUGGUUUGUCAAGAUGUGGGUCAGAGACUACAAGAAAUAUGAUCCUAAAACGUGGAAGUUCUCAGAUACUUACAAGAAGGUGUUCAAUGGCAAUCACCCUACAGAGUUUUCCAACAACAGAAAGUGGCUGAAGGAUGUGGAUCGGUUGUUUCUUUGCCACUUGAUAAAUGGUGACCAUUGGGUCGCUUUAGAAGUGGAUCUUGACAAGAAAAUAAUCCAUGUUUACGAUAGCAUACAGACAGUUGUCCCAAGCCACACGGAUCUUCUAGAAGAGUGUCGUCCUUUCACGAAGAUGAUUCCUUUAUUGUUGAAAGAAAUGGUUCCAGAAAGGAAGAGUUCACAGCAGUUCAGGAUUUCAAGACUUAAAAAUGUUCCGCAUAAUGAAGAGCCUGGUGAUUGUGGUGUUUACGCUCUGAAGUAUAUAGAGUGUAAGGCGAUUGGCUGUGGUUUUGAAGGACUUUCUGAUCAGUGCAUUCUGGCAAUGCGUAUUAAGUUAGCUGCUGAGAUCUAUGAUGAGGUUUUGGGUCUGUAG